UCAACACAAUGGAUUCAGGGAAUAUCACAUUCUUGUGUAACCUCCCGCGUAAUCUUUGUAAUUAACUCAUUAAUAGCUAUUUCUUCUUCUCCGGACGGUCUCUUUUUAGAGGAAGAGUGAAAUGGAAAGGCAAGAGAUAGGGUUUACAGAGGACAUGCUGAGAGGACAAGCCACCAUAUGGCAGUACAUAUUUGGCUUUGUGGACGGCAUGGCCCUCAAGUGUGUCCUGCAGCUUGGCAUUCCUGAUAUAAUAAACUCCAAUGGCCGUCCAAUGACGCUAUCCGCCAUUGCUAAAGCCAUCAACCACCCUCAUUCCCUGGACACUGAUCACCUCUCGCGGGUCAUGGCACUGCUAGUCCGCAAAGGAAUCUUCAGUUCAAGUCCAGCCCCAGAUGGCGGUGACACUCUCUAUGGCCUCACCAACUCUUCCAUGUGGCUACUAAGCAAUUCAGAGAUGAGUCUUGCCCCUUUUUUGCUGUUACAGCACCAUCCAUGGACGUUAGAGUCUUGGCAUUACAUCACCGACGUCGUUAAGGCAGGAGGUAAAGGGUUUACCAAGUCUCAUAAUGGUCAAGAUUUCUUUAAGGUUGCACCAGCCAAUCCUGAAUUCAGUAAUUUAUUCAACAAGGCUAUGGCUGGGGCAUCCAAGAUCAUUGUGGAAGCUGUGAAGACAAGCUAUAAAGAGGAUGGGUUCAAUGGAAUAGAAACGCUUGUGGAUGUUGGAGGCGGCAUUGGAGCAAUGGUGAGUGAGAUUGUGAAGGCACAUCCCCAUAUAAAAGGCGUCAACUUUGAUCUUCUAUUUGUGGUGGCUGAGGCACCAGAUUAUGUCGGUGUCACCCAUGUUGCCGGCGAUAUGUUUAAAAGCAUUCCACAAGCUGAUGCCCUUCUCUUGAAGUGGAUAAUGCACAGUUGGAAUGAUGAAGAUUGCAUCAAAAUCUUGAAAAAUUGUCGAGAAGCUUUAUCAGAUAAGAAGAAAGGAAAGCUUAUAAUCAUCGAUACAAUUUUAAGCCCAGAAGGGAAUGACCUGUUCGAUGACGCAGGAGUGAGAUUUGAUCUGUUGAUGAUGACUCAAAUCAAUACCAAGGAAAGGAGUGAGGCACAAUUUAAAAUUUUGCUCAAGGAAGGAGGCUUUCCUAGCUUUAAGAUUAUCAAAAUUCCAGCCCUAGUUUCAAUCAUUGAGGCUUAUCCCCAGUAGGUAGUGAUCUCCUUGGAUAGUGUCCUGAAUUUGAUAUAAUACCAUAUCAAACUUGUGUGUUUUCUAUUUAUUGUCAACAAUUUGGCGUGCGAGUGUGUAGUCUCUCCCUCCCUUAACUAUCUCUUCAACUUGUUCUGUAAUUUGAUAAAACUUGAUACUUCGUUUUGUGUUGUAUUCAAAUUGAAUCCUUUUUGUGUUUUUGUUUAUA